GAUUCUUCGACAUAGUCCACGCGUCAAUAGAGGUGUAUCAUUGCCAUAUCGUUUUUAGAGUAGGACUAUUUGAUCGGCAACUUCAAAUAUUUUAAAAUAACAGCAGUCCUACGAUCAACAAUAUGGACGACGACCCGAACCCGAAGAAAAGAAAACGCCCUGUGAAAAGGGAUACGAAUCCACGACGUGCAGCGUCGAUGACUGUUGAAGCUAUACGAAACAUCUUUGCCGAUCGUGAGUACCUAAUGAUGGGCGAAAGAAUCGAGAGCUUAAUGUCCCGAAACCCUCAUCAACUUCAGAACGUCGACAGCCUCGUCGCGAACAAUCCGUUCGACGAUAGUCUACAACAGAGCGUCACGAUGCCUACUAAUCCUCCGGAGCUACCGCCUCGUUACAUUCAGAGUGAUCUAAGACCUAGACGUGGCUUCACUCAAGAUCAGAUUGGCAACAUGAACCACAUAAGAAUGCAUAACCCGCAGCAGGCCAAUCAUGCAUUGCCUGCGUUGACUCAUAUGGCACAGUCGUAUCAAUCGGAAUACCCAUUGGUGGGGCGUGCCAGGUGGGUGCAGAACAUGCGCUCAAUCUGCAACUCAAGAAUGCAGCGAAAUCUGAAUAACAGUCAGAUGAUGAAUCCUCGAAUGGGUAGAGGAUCGAUGAAUGGCAGUGGUUUGGCCAAUCGACCUUCCAAAAACAGAGUUGGAGGUCUCGCGAUGAACGGCUCAACGAUGGUCAGUACGACGACUGAAUCAAUUAAGAAUCCUCACGCUAGCCCGAGAAAUGAAAUGAUAGGGAAUCGCGUUAGUCCUGUGAAUCCGACGACAACGAAUGUUCCGAUCCUCACACGUUUGUUGAGCCGCAAUCACAUGAACAGAGCUAUGAACGAGCCACCGAUUGUAUAUCCUCAGCAAUAUUACGACCUGAUGAACAACACUCAAGGUCCCAUGCAGCAACCGCUGAGCAUGCCCACGAGAUGCCCGCAGGUUCAUUGUUACGAAGCUUCUGAUGCAUCAAUGGGCUCUAACGAGCAAGCAAACAACACAGACAUGUCAAGACCGUUCAACGAUGCUCCAGACAUCAACACGAUGAAUGGGAACUCGAAUAAUUCGAUGGGAGCUUGUUGUUCACAAUACGACAAGCAAGACAGCAUUGAGGUAGCAGAUCACAUAAUAUCAAAUGCCAUAAAGAACUUCAAGUCCAGAAAUCCAACUGAACAAGGGAUGAACAUGGGUAUGUCGACGUUUCAACCAGAUCCACAGAAAACGAUACCAAGUAUCACAAACAGUUUCGAGUCUGAUAAUCCAACUGUACAAGGGAUGAACAUGGGUAUGUCGACGUUUCAACCAGAUCCACAGAAAACGAUACCAAGUAACACAAACAGUUUCGAGUCUGAUAAUCCAACUGUACAAGGGAUGAACAUGGGUAUGUCGACGUUUCAACCAGAUCCACAGAAAACGAUACCAAGUAACACAAACAGUUUCGAGUCUGAUAAUCCAACUGUACAAGGGAUGAACAUGGGUAUGUUGACGUUUCAACCAGAUCCACAGGAAGCAAUAUCAAGUAGCAUAAAUAGCUUCGAGUCUGAUAAUCCAACCGGACAAGGGAUGAACAUGGGAAUGUCGACGUUUCAAGAUCCUCAGGGAACGAUGAAUCCUCAAGCAACGUAUAUGCCAGGAGGAUCAGAGGAGAAUAUUUUUUCUCCCAACCAGCCUGAGGACUUUGACUCUCAGAAUGAAGAAGUGCUUUGUAAAUUUUGCAAAGGACUAAUUGUGGACAUUAAUGAUCAGGGUAUUUUCUGCGAGUCUGGCUGCAACUUCUGGUAUCACAGGCACUGCAUUGGUAUGACCCCAAUUGCUUACGAGUUAUUGAUGAAUGAAUCAUGUGCCGAGUGGGUCUGUGAUAAUUGCUAUACUACAAAGGAUAUACCCCCGGUGAAGUACACGCUAUAGAGUUUACGCAUACAUGAGAUAUUUUUAAUCGAUUUUACCAAGUUUUUAAGAGACGCUACAAGAUUUUAAAAUGUAAAUAUAUUUUGUAACUUUAAUUAUUAAUAAACAAACACUCGCAUAUUUUA